AAUGCCAGACAUGGCGGCGGAUCUGAGCCCGGAGUGGCUCUCAUGCCUCCCGUCUUCGUGGAGUUACGGGGUAACCCGGGACGGACGCGUCUUUUUUAUCAACGAACAAGGCAAGAGUACAACCUGGCUGCAUCCAGUGACUGGUGAGGCCGUAAUUACUGGACACAGGAAAACUCCAGAUUUACCCACAGGGUGGGAAGAAGGGUUCACCUUCGAAGGAGCCAGGUGCUUCAUAAAUCACAAUGAGAGGAAGGUAACUUGCAAACACCCUGUCUCAGGUCAGCCAUCCCAGGACAACUGCAUCUUUGUUGUGAACGAACACCCUGCUUCAAAAAUGCAGUCCCACGAAAAGAAAGACAGACCAGUGAGUGCAAUAAAUGAAGUUUCAAACUGCACCAUGGCAUCAGAGUGCGGCACACAUCCAGGCAGCCCUCUGGCCAGAGCCUCCAGAUCUUUGAAGAAAAUUCACAAUUUUGGAAAGAGGUCAAAUUCAAUAAAGAGAAACCCAAAUGCACCUGUGCAGAAGAGGAACUGGCUUUACAAACAGGACAGCACCGGUAUGAAGCUCUGGAAGAAGCGAUGGUUUGUGCUAUCUGAUAUGUGCCUAUUCUAUUACAGAGAUGAAAAGGAAGAAGGGAUCCUGGGAAGCAUUCUUCUGCCUAGUUUUCAUAUAUCAAUGCUUUCUGUGGAUGACCAUAUAAACAGGAAAUAUGCAUUCAAGGCAACUCAUCCGAAUAUGCGAACCUACUACUUCUGCACGGACGCGGCCAAAGAAAUGGAAUCCUGGAUGAAAGUCAUGACAGAUGCUGCCCUGGUUCACUCUGAACCUGUUAAGAGGAUUGAAAAACUGAAACCUGAACACUCGGCUCCUCAGGAGGUCAACAGCAUUGAGAACCACAGAAUGCUGACCAGACCAGAGGCACUAAACAACGAAAGGAACAGAGAAGUGGGCAGGCUUGAGGAAACGACAGAACUCAAAGAUGCAGAGAAGUACGGCUUUCAGAAGGAAGGGAUAGAGAGACCCUUGACCAAAAUAAACAGUGUAAAAGUGCACCCCGCAUCCCGCGAGAAGGAGACCACGACGGCAGCGGGCUCGGUACAGGGAGGGCAGUACAUACCUGCUCAGGUGAACGGGGCUGGGGAGAGGGCAGGGAACAUUAGUCCUGCAGACAAGGGGAUUACACCGGGACAGAGGCAGCAGCAGCAGCCACAAUACCACGAGCCAGAGCGGGCCCUCCAGAGAACCAGCUCCAUGAUGCAGCUAGAGCAGUGGGUGAGAACGCACAGAGUACGGGGGCAAGAGGACGAGACCAGAAGCAUCACGUCUUACCAGACUCUUCCAAGAAACAUGCCAAGUUACAGGGCGCAGAUUGUCCCGCAUUACCCCGAAGCCUACAGAACUUUGCCUCGAAACAGCGUCGCCAGACCUGACAGCAUCUGCAGCAUUUCAGCGUCUGUGUAUGACAGGGCUCUGGGACCUGUGUCCACGGAAGACAAGCGCAGGUCAAUGCGGGAUGACACCAUGUGGCAGCUUUACGAAUGGCAGCAAAGGCAAGCUUACACCAAGCAAGGGCCCAUCGGUAGCUACGGGACCCUGAGCAGCCCCAAGACGAUGAUUAAUAUUUCAGACCACGUAACGCACUCUAUUCCUCCUUCUCCUUCCCACGGCUCCUUGGCCCUGUACCAGGGCUACUCGCCUCUGGGGUUGUACAACGUGGGAUCCGGAUCGGAAGUGUCGUCGCCUGUGUUUCGAGGAGACCGGCGCCAUAGGACACAACAUGCCAAGUAUGCCUACCCACCUGACAGGAGGUCAAUGCCAGCAGGGCCACCUUUGCAGCCCAUUAGUCCCCAGGUACUGCAGGGCAAAACGCCCGAGGAGCUGACGCUGCUGCUGAUCAAGCUGAGACGGCAGCAGGCGGAGCUGAGUAGCGUCCGGGAGCGCACUUUAGCACAGCUUGUGAAACUAAAUCUCGAUGCCACCAACCCAAAGAAUGAGAUUCUUGCACAUCACCUUCAAAGGAACCUUGUGUAUUUGGAUAACCAGAUGAAAGAGAAUGAACCUUUAAUCGUCAUGGUUCACACUCUGAUUGAGAACUCCGCGCCAAGGCCACAACUGUACCAGCAAAUUUCCCAUGGUGAAUUUAGGGAUCCAGCCUACAACUACAGGACGGAAGAGCUCAACAUUGAUGCUAAGCUUAGCAGAUUGUGCGAGCAAGAUAAGCUGGUUCGGACACAGGAAGAGAAACUGCAGCAGCUUCACAGAGAAAAGCACACUCUUGAGCAGGCAUUGCUGUCAGCCAGUCAGGAGAUCGAGAUGAAUGCUGAUAACCCUGCAGCAAUACAGGGCGUGAUCCAACAAAGGGACGUCCUGCAGAACGGUUUGCUCAGCACUUGUCGAGAGCGGUCCCGAGCCAACGCAGAACUUGAAAGAUCUUGGAUGGAGUAUGACAGGUUAGAGUCUGACGUAACUUUGGCAAAGAACAAUCUUCAGGAACAACUGGAGAAACUGGGAGAUCAGUCCUCCAGUCUACAUCACGCUAACAUUCAGAAAGAGCUAUGGAGAAUACAGGAUGUCAUAGAAGCACUUGCUAAAAACAGGCCGCAAAGAAAUUCAGAAGAUACAGGCUUCUCUAAACCAAUAUCUGAUAAGCACAAAAGUGAGGAAGAGGAGACUGUCCCUCCACGGCCUCCUCUCCCCCAGUCCUAUGAUCUUACCCACCGGCCCCCUAUAGUGCCUCCUUUGCCCAGUGACAGCAGCCGGCAGCUGCAUGUUAGCCGGGGGCCGGUUCACCGGCUAGAGGACAGGAAGACAUACCAUGUGCAAGGAUGCCAGAGAAACGGAGCACACAGCGGGCCGGACUAUAGGCUGUACAAGAGUGAGCCCGAGCUGACUACAGUGGCAGAGGUUGAUGAAUCGAAUGGGGAGGAAAAAACUGACACGGCAGCAGAGAAAGAGAGCUCCAGUGUGAAAGGUAGUUCCUAUCCAGUGGGUGUCGUGUCUCCUAGAACAAAGCCACCAACGCCUCAAUCCUCAACAAUAGCAUCUUAUGUCACCUUGAGAAAAACUAAAAAGUUGGAUACAAGAAUGGAGCGGCCCAGGAGUGCAGUGGAACAGCUCUGUCUGACGGAGAGCUCCCGUCCCAGAAUGAGUGUGGAGGAGCAGAUGGAGAGAAUGAAGCGGCACCAGCAGGCAUCACUCAGAGAGAAGAAGAAAGGGUUAAACAUCAUUGGCAGUCAUGAAAACUUACCGUCCAGGAGCCCCUCGUUUUACAAAGAAAACCCUUUCAAAUCAGCCCAGCUUUGCAAAAUGGAAGACGCGAUGUCCAGCAAUAUUGAAGAAUUGGAGGCUUCUCUUCAGGGUGAUGGUUUGGAGAGGAACCACGAAACUCCUGCUCAAGAAAUCGCGAGGCUAAAAGGGGCUGGUCAGCCUGGAGAGCGCAGUGUUGACAAAGAGUUAUUUACCCCAGGGAAGGUUCUGAUUCCAGAGAGGUACAUUGAGUCUGAUCCUGAGGAAGUGCUAAGCCCGGAGGAAUCAGCGGACAAGCAGAAGAAAGUUGACAGAAUAAAAGCAAUCCUCGCCAAAAACAGUAUGCAAAAUGCUGUGGCUGUGGUCAACCACAAGACCGAGGACCACACAGAAGAGGAAGCCAAUGCUCAAGAGCAAGAGAAGAUUCUGAACAUUUCUUACGAACUCGCUGCAGAGGCUUCCAAAAGAAGCAAGCUUGUAGCGGUGAAAAGCCUGUCCUCUCCACCUCAGUCCCCAACCUCUCCAUCUUCACCGCCUCACCCUCCGCUCGCAGAAGGAUCCCACUUCAUGUGUGUGUAAUAGCACAACACUCAAGCGAUGGCGUCUGUUCAAUCCUAUACAUGAGGACUGUCACACUGGUUAAAGGAACUUUUCGGCUCUGACCUGCUGAACCAACAGUACUGUCCAGAGCCUAGUGUUUGAAGAUACCAUAACAAGAUAGUGUUGCUUCAAACAGGUCCUUUGUGAUUCUGUGCCUGUUAAUAAGACCUUCAGUGAAAAGAAAGGGGCCUCAAAGUGUGAGGAUAUCCUUGGGCUGAGCAGCGAGAGGACCCUACUGUUAUUAUUAUUAUUAUUUUAAUUCAAAUUGUUAUUAUUGUUUAUAGGUUUGUUCUUUUAUCGUCGCCUCUGUCAUCAUCCUCUUUUGUGGGUGUCACUGGCUUGCUCUGAAUUAAAUAUCUAGAUUGAAGACUGUACAGUUGUAGAUAAGAUUUAUUCCACCAUACCAGUUACAAUACUUCUGCUUGUGGAGAAUACUGAUACGAUUGCUGAAUUUUAUCUUUGAGUUAAGAUGCCUUUUUUUAUUUUAAAGCAGUUUGCAACCCAUUUUAUUCCAGCAUAUAAAUCCUUCUUUUAUUCUUCUAAUGGUUUGUAUGUCUGAUCUUCUUUCCUGUAGUGCAGUUAUUUAACAUCAAUCUCAUGCCACAUGUGCUUCAGUAAUUCGAUGUACAAAACAUUAAAAAAAAGUUUCUAAAAUGUACGUUUUUAAAGGUGCCAUUUUACUGCUACAGAGACCAUAUGAUAGAUUUCCGUUUGUAAUUAUUUAUACGUGCGGCAGCAUUGUCCCCAGUAACUGCCACUCUGUUGCUGACACACGUGAAUGUUUCUGCUUACUAUGACUUAAUCUGCGUUAUUAUUUUUUUUGUUUUUUAUUAAAAAAAAAAAAAAAGAAGAAAUAAUACUACAGGCUUGCUGGAGUACUGGUCUUUCACAAAGGUAUAGCACAUGUAAAAAGCAAUAAGCCAGCUUUGUAAUCCAGUACUUUUUGUUUGUGUAAAAAAAAAAACCAAAAAAACAAAACUGUGUAAUUAUGUUCAUUGUGUAUAUAGCAUACAAUGAGCAGAGGUGAUGCAACUACAAGAUGCUGCUUAUUAGAGUUGAUAUGCAAGUGCUCAUGUCCCAUGUGUUUUAUAUCAUGUUAAAUAAAUGUUGAUGUUCUUA